AUGGGGAGUGCGCUGGAAAACUACGUGAAUCAGGUGCGCACGCUAAGCGCAGCGGGCAGUUAUCGUGAGCUGGCGGAUGAGUUGCCCGAAUCGCUGUCACUGCUGGUGCGCAACUGGAGCAUAUUGGACAAUGUGCUCGAGACACUGGACAUGCAACAGCAUACACUGGGCGUCCUCUACGUGCUGCUCGGCAAACUGCACAGCGCGGCGACUGCCAAUCCAGAACCAAUGCAAAUUAUUGAAUUGAUGCGUGAAUUUGUGCAGCGCAGCAAUUUGGACCAACUGCGCUAUGCCGUGUGCCCAUUCUAUGAGACUUGCCAUUUGUUUACGGACUUCUUGGUGCAGCACAACUUAAGCAUUUUGGGCAUUAAAGUGCUCUCGCUGGCCAUCGACCAAAUACGACAAAUGGAGACACAGCUAACGCCCAUACACGCCGAUCUCUGCCAGUUGAGCCUGAAGGCGAAAAACUUUAAUCUAAUACUGCCUUAUUUGGAUACGGAUAUAACAGAUAUUUCCACCGUAGCAGCCGAGUGCAAAAAUCAACAGCAACAGCAGCCGCAGCAUACGCUCGAUGCCAACAACGAUGCGAAGUACUUUUUGCUCUAYUAUUAUUAUGGCGGCAUGAUCUAUACGGCCAUUAAGAACUAUGAGCGUGCUCUCUACUUCUUUGAGGUCUGCAUCACGACGCCAGCGAUGGCCAUGUCGCACAUUAUGCUGGAGGCAUACAAAAAGUUUCUAAUGGUUUCAUUGAUUGUGGAGGGCAAGAUAGCGUAUAUACCAAAGAACACACAGGUCAUAGGACGUUUUAUGAAGCCGCUGGCAAGUCACUAUCAUGAYCUGGUCAAUGUGUAUGGCAAUUCGUCGAGCGAAGAGCUGCGCAUUAUAAUACUCAAAUACAGUGAAGCAUUUACGCGUGAUAAUAAUAUGGGCCUAGCCAAACAGGUGGCGACGUCUCUCUAUAAACGAAAUAUACAACGUUUGACAAAGACCUUUCUCACGCUGUCGCUGAGCGACGUGGCCAGCCGUGUCCAAUUGCCAAGUGCGGCGGAAGCUGAGCGCUAUAUCUUAAAUAUGAUAAAAUCGGGCGAAAUCUUUGCCAGCAUUAAUCAAAAGGAUGGCAUGGUGCUCUUCAAGGAUGAUCCAGAGCAGUAUAAUCUGCCCGACAUGUUUCUCAAUGUGCAAACGAAUAUAACGCAGGUGCUCGAUUUGGUUAAACAAAUCAAUAAAAUGGAGGAGGAGAUUAUACUGAAUCCCAUGUAUGUGAAAAAAUCGCUGGGCAGCCAGGACGACGACUUGGCGUCGCAGCAUCCCAAAACCUACUCGGGCGAUCCCACGGAUUGAGCAAAGGAGGAAAGCCGUAGCAGUAGCAGCAGCAGCAGCCACUAAAGCAGAGAAACUGCUAAAAUAUAGAUGGAAACAUGCUAUUUUAAAUUAAAUAAAAAAAGAACACUAAUGUAUAAA